AUGUCGAGUUCCAUGGAGCCCCGGCCGCUCAUGUCGGCCUUCGAAAGCCCGACCUUUGACGAAGACAGUUCAAUCCAUGUUGAACAACCGGUUGGGUCCAUGUCAAUUUCCCCAUGUGGGCGAGACGUGGUCCUAGCCUCGAAGGAGGGUCUGCAUGUCAUUGAUCUGGACUCCCCGUAUUCUCCACCUCGUUAUCUGCCCCAUCACACCCCAUGGGAGGUCGCCGACGUGCAGUGGUCACCGUUCGCCUCUCGCGACUACUGGGUGGUUAGCACAUCCAACCAGAAAGCUCUGGUGUGGAAUUUAGCCAUGAAAACAUGGCAAAACUCCAUCGAAUUUGUUCUGCACGCACACUCGCGCGCGAUCACUGACAUAAACUUCUCGGCAUUCCAUCCAGAUCUUCUAGCUACCUGUGCCGUCGACAGCUUUGUUCACUGUUGGGAUCUGCGCACUCCAUCCCGGCCGGCGAUCUCAUUUUCAGAUUGGUUCACUGGUGCUACCCAGGUAAAGUGGAAUCGCCAAGAUCCCCAUGUGAUUGCCAGUUCCCAUGAUCGGUUUCUUCGAAUCUGGGAUGACCGUAUGGGUGCAUAUCCGAUUCGGUCCAUCGAAGCCCAUGACACGAAAAUUUACGGGGUGGAUUGGAAUCGCGUACGACGGGGCGCUUUAACGACAUGCUCGCUUGAUAAGACCAUCAAGUUCUGGGACUAUACAACAGAUUCCGAGGAGCCCGAGAAGCUGAUUAGGACACCGUUUCCGGUAUGGCGAGCCAGGAACACUCCUUUUGGGUGGGGCGUCACUGCUAUGCCGCAGCGGGGAAACAGCGAUCUCCAUCUGUAUAGCCGGCGAGUUGAAGAUGAGAUGCCUUUGAUUCAUAGCUUCCCGGGUCAUAAAGGCCAGGUGAAGGAGUUUCUAUGGAGGGCCCGCGGCGGUGUGGAGGAUGGAAUCGACAACCGAGAAUUUCAACUGGUAACGUGGGGUACAGACCGAGAGUUGCGUCUACAUCGUGUCGAUCCUGAAAUUUUUGCGCGGGUCGGAUAUGAAAAGGGCAAGUCUUUCGUCUCUACUCGGAAGAUAACUCGAUUGGGCGCAGUUUAUCGGAGCUUUAGAGAUGUGAACUGGGAUCUAGACUUGGAAGACCUAGACUCUGCAUCUUCUAUCCAGCACAAUACCACCACACAGUUUGCUGGAGGACCUGGGAUGAAUGCUAUAUCUGUCCCACAUGCUCGCGCUUGGACAAAGGGUGCUCACGUUGAUGCUCGUAUGGGUAUGCAGCCACGAUCAAACCGGAGGGCAGACACGAACCCUAUUGCUUGGAUGCGCGGUGUAAAAAUCUCGGGUUGGGACAUUGAGACCCUAGGAGACGAGAUCAGCCACGUGGGAGAAAAGUUCACGAAGGUUGUUUUUGAAUCGGUUGAUGUUCGCCAGAGAAAGAUCACCAUAUCGCUGAAUGGACCAUGGGGUGCAAAUGGGGACACUCUCUUCCUAAAAGUGGACAUCAAAUUCCCAGUCAGCUACCCGAAAACAGCCACUCCAACCUUCAAUUGCCAGAGAACGGCAGCUGUUACAGAUGAAUUGGCCGGGAAAAUUACAGCUGAGUUGCGAACGAUCGCUGAAACCUACAUGUCUCGAAAGCGUGGUUGUUUAGAAGGUGCUGUGCGCUACCUUCUGGGCGAGAGUUCAUUGGAAGAGAGCGUUGCAUUAAUCCUGGGCGAAACGACCGACAACAUCAAGUCCCCUAUCAACGGUGAAUUAGAGGGCGAGUCCAGCGACGAGGAUGAGGUCGGCAUGACACAGAGUCAGGAGCUGGGAAUGAGCUCUGAGCUGCUCCGCCCAGUGAAUGCCAAUGUCAUGGUUCCGGUAGCAAAGGGAUGUGGUGCGCUAUGGGCAAAUGAUGGUCGUCUUAUUUGCUUUUUCCCUCCUAAGAAGGAUAAGUCCACCUCUCUAUUUGACAAUCUUGGUUUCAAAGAGAUGAGCAGAUUGUCUCGGACAGACAAAGUUUUUGAAGGCUUCGGGCGCCUGCAAACUAGCUCCCCGGGGCCACGCAUGAACGGUACAAUCACAAGCACGGCGGAAGAUGCAUCCGAUGACUCCGAAGAUUCAUACUCCGAGACCUCGAGUUCGUCAGGUUCCUCAGAUAUCCUGUCUGGACUACCUGCGGCUCGUUUCCAACCACCGCAGACUUGGCGGAGUGCGGGUAGUAUGGGAAUUUACCGGCCUCGGUCUACGGAUAAUUCACAGAGAUCCAUCGGUGGUGCUGCGACGAGCAAAUCAAUCGAGCCAGCUCAAAAUGUGGUUUCUAUUCAUGAUUUGAGCGACAUGUUGCCUGUGAAGCGGGAAUUGGCCAGCAAGUAUCGCAUCUGCGGCGAGGGUACAGUUGUAUCUGCCCACAAUGCUGUUGUCGCCCUGGAUGCUGGAUACUACGAAUUGGCUCAAAUAUGGGGUCUGAUCAAGCUAAUUUUACAAAUACAGCGGAAGCCUGUCUCUUCCCUCGAGACCAAAGUGGGAUCGAGACGGGCGCUGAGAAAAGAAGGCAUGGAUAUUAGCCACAGCCUAGGGAAAAGCAGGCUUUACAAAGAUGUCGCUAAUAGCGUCAUUCGAUGGGGUGACCAUCCACUUGGUAGCCAUUGGCUUGUUUCUGCUCUAUUCGAUCAUUUUGAGUCUAUAGGCGACGUGCAAAUGGUCGCCAUGCUCUCCUGUGUCCUCUUUGAACCUAACAAAGAAAGCCGAUCAGAAAAAGCGAAAGAAACGACCCCAGAACGGGGAUUUUCCUUAGAUUUUUCUUCUGUCACCUCAACUGUACAGAACAAAUCGCUGAAUGGCACUCCGGCUUCAUCUGUUCCAAGAGAACCUUCCGUCAUACCUCCCCACACUUCAGCACGAUCAUCGAGCGAGCUUUGGCGUGUUGAUUCCACGCCUCCUUAUUCCACUGGCACUACACCUCCCUAUUUAUCUCGACCUCGCCGUAUAGCUGCCAACCAGAAAGCCCAGAGUCAAAAUGUUUCCAUUGCGGCCUCGCCCGAGCAAUCUCAUCCUCGAAGUGGAUCUGGCUUUGGCUCGGUUCUAGCAUCUUCAUUGUCACGUUCCUUCACAUUUGGACCAUCAUCGGCAUCUCCGCCGGUCACUCAUAGCCUCAAGAAGAAACAGAGCCCGGACAGCCCGAGUGUGGUAACUAUCCAAGCGCCUCAGUCUGAUACAGAAAGCGAUCAGCCUCCUCCCAAGGUGGUGAAGCCGACAUCACGCUUCAAAGUCACUUUUAAGAAUCAGAGUGAAUUUGAUGGCGACGAGUCUACACCGGGAUACUCCCUUUUGGACCGAAGCAAAGAGUGGCUGUGGAGAUCGUACCGUGCUAAAUAUGCCGACAUAUUGUCUAUGUGGGAUCUCCCCAUCCAACAAGCCGAGGUUCUCAAGAUUGGUGAGGUAGCAGACGAAAUAGAUGACAUGCACAUGAGCCAUUAUUGGAACAGCAACAGCUCUAAGAUGUCUCCACUCCCUGAAAUGACCAAGAAAGAUACCACGGAAAGUUUUGAGGGUCUCGAUUUUCAGCGUCAUUGCGCCAACUGCGGUCAUGCCUUGCAGAUCUCCAUUUUCGCUCCGACGCCCUCAGCUCCUGAUACUCCUUCGAAGCGCCAUCGCCAGUCAUCAUUCCUUCGAUGCUCGAACUGUAAACCGCGCCAAGCAUUACCCACCAAGCUUCCUUGUGUUAUCUGUGGUGAAGUCGUGGAUGGAAUGUUGGUGCCCUGUCUCAGCUGCGGCCAUGUAAGCUGCUUUGACUGCCAUCAACGCUGGUUCCUCCCUACCGAACUCAACAAUCCCGCCGACUUCCCUCCCCCAUCGUGCCCCAGCGGAUGUGGCUGCAACUGCUUCGAACAUGUCGCAGCGGCGGUACCCAUGCCGCCGUGGGAACCGGCCUCUCCCAACCCAAGAGAGAAUCCUACUGGACCCACUCAAGCACCGGCGCAUGAAAAGCGCCAUCGUCGCCGCCAGUCUGAACCUCCUAGCAACAAUACCUCGGGUCGAGCCACGCCUACCGUGAAACCGAGUGUGGGACAGCAAGAGAAUGACCUGGAUCUCUUCCAAACGACUUCACCUUUUGCAUCUCUUGCGCGAGGUAUGGGUGGUGGUCUCAGUCAAGGUCUGCGCUCAAAGGAAGAUCACCGGCGAAAGAACCGCUCCGUAGCGAUCGCCAUGCCUAAGCGCAGAUAA